AUGCCUAAAGUAAAAAGUAAAUCAAUUACCAGAAAUUAUUUUGAAAAGAUUGAUAAUGUUAGUGCAAAGUGUAAGCUAUGCGCUAAAGUGAUCAAAGUUGGAGGAGGAACUUCGAAUAUGUUGGCACAUAUUAAGAGAAACCAUCCUCAGGCUACAGUGGAGGUGGAUCGAGGUCAAGUGGGUGAUCAGCCAGGCGAAAAUUUAGCUGAAAUUAUGACAGAUUUACUAACAGAAUGGAAAAUAUUAGGAAAAAUUUCUGCUAUUGUUACUGAUAAUGGUACUAACAUGGUGAAGAUGUGUAAUUUGCUGGGAAUACGGCACAUGCCGUGUUUUGCCCAUACGCUUAAUUUAACUUUGGACGAUUCUAUGAAGCUUUCUCAGGUGGAGGACAUAACUAACAAAUGUAAAGCCAUAGUGAAAUUUUUUAAGAAAUCAUCUGUAGGUUGGCGAGCGCUAAAAUUAGCUCAGAAAGAAAGAAACCCCGAUUCUACUCCUUUGAAGUUGAUACAAGAAGUAUCUACAAGAUGGAACAGCACAUUCUACAUGAUGAAGAGAAUACUACAGCUAAGUGACAUUCUCGCAUUGGUGUGUAGGAAAUUAAAUCAGGCGCCAGACUACUUAACUGCUUCCGAAGAAGAAGCAGGGAGAGAAGUUAUCAACAUUUUGGAAAUAUUCGAGGAAGCUACAAAACUCGUCAGCGCUGAUCAAUAUCCAACUAGUUCACUAGUUAUUCCGUUAAUAUGUGGACUAUUUGAAAAAUUGAACACAAUAGAAAUUUGCCUAACAACAGAUAUAGGCAAGAUGUUUCACUCAUCAGUGAGGCGAAACAUAAGUAGCAGACUCUUGGCAUAUGAGACAAGAACUGUAUCCCAAAUGGCUACAUAUUUACAUCCAGUAUUAAGAACAGGAUUCCGUCACCCGGAGAACAUGCAGUCGGCUAAAGAGUUAGUCAGGAAAGAAUUAUCCCAUAACUUAAAAGAUUGUGCCGAUAGCUCUAUGCCAUCGACUUCGGAGCAGCCAGGUAGUAGCACAGAACAGAAAAAACCUGGACUGCUAGACUUCAUAAAACAAAGAAGACCCAAUACUAAUUUAACUGCUUCUGCAGUUAAUAUUUUACGAAUGUAUUUGGAGACAGAUCCACAAAAUGAAGAAGCCGAGAUCACAAAAGCAGCUGAAAGUGCGGGAGCUUUUUGGUCCAGCAACAAACACUUGGCGCCAUUAAAUACAAUAGCGCUAAAGUAUUUAGCUAUACCAGCCACAUCGGUACCUUCAGAGAGGAUGUUCUCUAAAUCAGGAUAUGUAUUGUCCUCUAGAAGGAGCAGGCUACAAGCAGAUGCUGUGGACCAAAUUUGUUUCAUAAACCAAAACUACGAUUUGUUAGAAACAGGCAAAGUAUAA